AUGCUAUAAUUAAUGAAGCUAACAUAUAUGUUUAACAAAAAGUAUCCACCGAAAUGCAAAUCAUUUCGACGUAUUUUAAACAAAAUAUUAAUAUUUAAAAUCAUUUCUUUUUUAGAUUUGUGUUUGCAUAAACUCUUUUUGAUUGAUCCAUCCAAAAUAAUUCUUAUCAAUUUCUAAUAAAAAAGCUAGAUGAUUCAUUCUUUCUAGACAUAAAAUUACCUUUUUGGGACAAUGGUUGUAGAGCUAAUGAGACUCACAGCUGAUAUUUAUUAUUUUUGCAUGCCACCAAAUUGCAUGUUCAGAAUGGUUUAAAGUGCCAACCUAGAUCCAUUAAAAUUGACAACUUUUCAAACACCCAAUCCUAAUUUGCCAUUAGUUAGAGAUUUUACGAGUAGCUAUCUAGUUUAUGAUUAAGUUAAUUUAAACACUCCUUAAUUAUUUGGAAUAUAUGAAUUAUAUGAGUCAUUGGACUAUGAUGACGCUGUAAAUAGCUUAGUUACGGAUUAUUUAUCUUAAAAUGUUAGAAGAAUAAUAAUUCAUAGGUAUUCUAAAUCAACUGUAGACUACUCUUGGAAUAUCAUGAAGGUUUUCCCUUGUGAGAAAAUAAGCUUUAACCAAAUAUAAAAUUUGCACGAAAAUAAUCCUAUUUAUUUGAAAGCAGAGGCUUACAAAGGAUCAACAGUUAUGAUUCAUGGUCCAUACAUAGAUCAAUUAGGAAAUUUUCAAGAGAAUCUAACUGCUUUCAUUGUAAAUAUUAGUAGGCCAGCUUUCUCAGCAUUAAAGCCUUAGUUGUAUUUUUAAAUUACAAUAGAAAUAGAGACUUAAUUAAUCAGGAACUUAUUUAUACAAAAUUAUUAUAGAUCAACAAUCGAAAUGAUAGUCGUUAAUAAAAAUGGUUAACUGUUAUAAGCUACUGAUUACUGGUUACAGAACGACAAACUUAGUCCUUAAUAGUAUAUUUUUGAUGUUUAAAUAUAACCUUAUAGUGGGUUAUCUCCUACAGCUUAUCAUGAUUUGAUGCUAAAUUCCAUCACAAACGACAAUUAUACCUCUUUAACACAAAUUAUGAAAUUAAACAAAAAUAAUGAAAAUAAAUAAUAUUUAAUUUAUCCUGUUAUAAUACAAGAUACUUUUAACCCUAAUAACAUGACAGACUAUACUCUAAUAGGCAUCCCAAAUUAAAAUGCAGACUAUAUAGCUGCUAUUAUUUAUGGAGAAUAAGAUUAGAUGUAUUCAGUUUCUAAUUUUUUAAAUGAAAUAUAUAUUGAGGAAUUAGAAGUUCUUAAAAAUUUUUCUGUUUUAACUGGUAUUAUAACUGUUUGUAUGGUCAUCGUUUCUUUAUAUCACGCUUCAGUCAGUGUUCAUAGGCCUAUUAGGUAGAUGCUGUACAUCUGCUAAUCUCUGUCUCACAAAGACUCUAUUUUCAGAUUAAAAGUUUUGUAAAAAGCUAAAUUUUAAUUAGAAGAUUUAGAAACCUAAACCUAAUACCAAGUUUAAGAUUUAGUUAACUCAUUUAUUUGUUUAAUUACAACAAUUAUUUCACGAAUUAAAACACCAAAUACUCUAAAAAAAAUUAUAAUUAAUUAUCCUUUAAAUGAGCUUGAGAAAAAUUUUGCUAAAAAUACCAAGGGCAAAUAGUUUCAAUUUGAUUGGUAAAAAUUAGUAGAUUAAAUUGAAGACAAACCUGAUUAAAUUAGCAAUUGA